AUGACUCGCAACAAACCUAUCACCAUUUUCCUCUUCCUCUCCCUCUCCCUCUCCCUCUCAUUCCUCCCUCUCAUGCAACCCAAACUCAUUUCCAACUACUACCAAAAAACCUGCCCCAGAUUCCCUGAAAUAGUCCGCAAAAUCACUAGCGAGAAGCAGCAUAACUCGCCCACCACGGCCGCAGCCACGCUCCGCCUCCUCUUCCACGACUGCAUGGUGGGAGGAUGCGACGCCUCCAUACUCAUCACCUCCAACUCCUAUAACAAGGCCGAGCGCGACCACGCUGUCAACACCCCCCUCUCCGGCGACGGCUUCGACGUCAUCUCGCGCGCCAAGAACGUCCUCGAGCUGGAGUGCCCCGGCAUCGUCUCCUGCGCCGAUGUCCUAGUCUCCGCAGUUCAAGAGCUGGUAGCGGUUUCCGGAGGCCCCACCAUCCCGGUCCAGUUCGGGCGAAAAGACUCCCUGGAAUCCAAAUCCUCGAACCCCGAAAACCAGUUCCCCUUACCUAACAUGACGAUGUCCGAAGUGAUCCAAAUAUUCGCCCGAAAAGGGUUCUCCAUCCAGGAAAUGGUAGCCCUUGUUGGUGGACACACGAUAGGGAUGUCCCACUGCAACCAGUUCGUCAACAGGAUCUUCAAGUUCAGCAAAACUUCCGAAACUGACCCCGCCUAUAACCCCGAGUACGCGGCGGGGUUGAGGAAGCUCUGCGAGAACUACACGAAGGACCCUUCCAUGGCAGCGUUUAACGACGUGAUAACUCCAGUGAAGUUCGACAACAUGUAUUACAAGAAUUUGCAGAGAGGGUUAGGGUUGCUGGCCACCGACACUGCCAUGUUCAUGGAUAGCAGGACGAAGCCGUUCGUUCAAAAGUACGGUGCUGAUGAAGCCAAGUUCUUCGAGGACUUCUCAAGUGCCAUGGUAAAGCUUACCGCGUUGGAGGUUAAGACAGGAAAUGCAGGAGAGGUGCGGAGCAGGUGUGAUUCCUUCAACACGCUUUUUGGCUGA